AUGAAUAGAGUUCCAAACAAUUAUAUCACCUUCAGUGCUUUGGAAGGAAUCGCAAAACCUGCUGGUCAGUUAAUAUUAUUCAAGGAUCCUUAUGGAAGAGAUUAUUAUGAAAAGAAUGUUGAAACAAUGGUGGGGGUGGAGGUCACAAAAACACUCCCUUUGGCUCAGAUUGUUUGUUGCACUCCAAAAAGAAGGGAGAUUCUAGCAUCCAAGAGAGCUCUGUCAACAUCUCAAUUGGUAAAUCCAUCUUUCAACUCUCCUGGUUUCAAUCUCAAUGGUAAAAAACCUUCUACAAGUAAGCCCCCAGCAAACCCAUUUGCUGCUCUAAGUCAGAUGGAGGAGGAUGUGAUUAUUAGCUAUGACAAGAAUGUGCAUACCAAGAAACCUGAAACCCAUCAGUAUGUUGCCAAAAUUAAGCUCUCGGAGGCUACGAUCCAGGUCUCAGAUCCUUCCCCUCAAGGGUCUUCUGAGAACCAUCAUCGUGUCAUAGCGGUCAAGGAUGCAAAGGGGAGGAGACUUGUAAGAGAUGCUGGAACUAAAGUGGUUGAAGCUGCUGCUUCUUUGCCUGCAAAUCGUUUGGAGAUUGGUGCUAGCCAGGGUCUAGGUCCCCCUCAUACUAGACAGAACUUGAAAAAACUCAUAAACUCACAUGAACCGAACAUCUUAUUUCUCUGUGAAACAAAACAAUUCCAUGAUUUUGUAGGAAAAACCAUGCAUACCUCCAUGUACUAUAAUUUUAUUUUCCAAGACCCUAUUGGUAAAGCUGGUGGUCUUGUGCUUGCUUGGGAUAACAGUGUUAAAGUUCAGGUGCUUUAUAAAGAUGAUAACCAAAUAAACUGUAAAGUUUGGGAUAACAAAACCAAUUUUGACUGGAUGCUUACUUGUAUGUGUGGUAGUCCGUACAAAGACCAUAGGAAAAUUGACUCUUGGAAAGUUGUUAACCAGAUGGGGACCUCUAUGGUCUUGCCUUGGCUUGUUUUAGGAGACCUAAAUGGUUUGAAUGAUAUUGUCUUCAUGGGAUUUCCUUUUACUUGGUCUAACCACCAAGAAGGAGAAAAUCUCAUUGAAGAAAUACUUGAUAGGGGUAUGGCCAAUGGCUCUUGGCUUACCCUUUUCCCCAAUGAUAGCCUUGGACACCUUAAUCAUGGAGGCUUGCUGGAUACUAGUAUUCCUUUCCAAGAUGGUCGUAGGCCAUUUAAAUUCUUUGGUAUUUUUCAGGAGGAACAAUCAUGUAGGGAUAUUAUAGCCUCCUCCUGGGGAACCAACUUCCAUGGUUCAAAAUCUUUUGUCCUUGUCAAUAGACUUGCUAUUGUUAAAAGAGAAGUUAGUCGAUGGAAUAGGCUAGACUUUGGAAAUAUUAAAAAUAAUAUAAAUAUUAUGAAUAAGAAACUUGAUCAAAUUAUGUCCAACCCCAGGGUUAGACUAAAUGAUCAAAAUCUUCUAGACACAAAAGCUGAAAUACAAAAACUUCAUGAUUAUGAAGAGGAACUCUGGAAAAUCAAAGGUAGGAAAAAUACAAUUCUGUUAGGAGAUAAAAACACCCACUACUUUCACCAGAAUGGUGUAAUUAGGCAAAGAAGAAACAGAAUAACAUGCCUUUAUGAUCAAAAUAACACUUGGGUUGAAGAUAGAGAUACGAUAGCUCACUGUUUAAACAAUUAUUUUGAAACUCUCCUAACUACGACUAGGCCUGUCAUUAAUCAUGACAUUGUUAACUUAGUUCCUACCUCUAUAUCAGAUUCUGAGAAUUUGAGUCUGAGGGAGUCCCCUACUGAAGCCGAAAUCCAUGAUGCUCUCUUUGGGAUGCUUCCCAACUCUAGCCCAGGGCCUGAUGGAUUUCCUUCCUGUUUUCUCCAGAAAAAUUGGGGUACCGUUAAAAAGGAUGUCAUAGAAACUGUCCAAGAUUUUUUUAACAGUAGUCAUAUGCUGACUCAACUGAAUAAAACUCACAUUUCUCUUAUUCCUAAAGUCCAGCAUCCCAAUGGGCCUAGUGACUACAUCAUGCCUAUAAGUUUGUGCAAUAUUGUUUACAAAAUUAUCUCGAAGGUCAUUGCUAAUAGAAUUAAACCAUUCCUUGAAAGAUUGAUUUCCCCCUAUCAAUCUGCCUUUGUCAAGCAAAGACUUAUCUCAGACAACGUUCUUAUUUCUCAUGAGAUAAUUCAUGCUAUGAGAAAGAAAAGGAAAGGAUUGACUGCUUUUAUGGGUCUAAAAAUUGAUAUGUCAAAGGCCUUUGAUAGGGUCGAAUGGGAUUUUCUGAUUGCCAUCCUUCGAAAAAUGGGCUUCUGUGAAGCCUGGUGCUCUCUAAUUUUUCAAUGCAUCAGUACUACCCACUCCUCCAUCCUUGUGAACGGGGUUUCCUGUAAACCCUUUAAACCUACUAGAGGUCUUCGUCAAGGAGAUCCUAUGUCUCCUUAUUUGUUUAUCUUAUAUGACUGCCUAAUUUUUACAAAAGCUUCUAUUUCUAAUAGUAGGAAUCUUCUAGCUGAGCUAUACGAGUAUGGAAAAACCUCUAGCCAAAUGAUUAACUACUUUAAAUCUGGUAUUUUCUUUACUCCUCAUGUUCAGGGUAGGUUAGGGAGAGACAUUAUUGAUAUUAUGAAGGUAAAAAAGAUUAGAUUGAAUGAUAGAUAUUUAGGUGGCCCUUUAUUUACUAAAAAUUCUAAAAUCCAAUGCUUUGAUAAUUUGGCUGAGAACAUGGGGAAUAGGCUUAAGGGAUGGAAAGGUGAAUCUAUGUCACCUCCUGGCAGAGAAGUUAUGGCCAAAUAUGUUCUAGAAUCCCUGCCUGUUUACACUAUGUCCACUUUUAUUCUUCCUAAAACUACCAUAAACAGAAUCACUGGAAUUAUUAGAGAUUUAUGGUGGGGGAAAUUUGGUACUAAGAAAGGCAUGUAUAGUAAGGGUUGGAGAGGCUUAUAUAAAAGCAAGGAGAAAGGAGGGAAUGCUGGUUUAAUAGAAACAAUGCCAGGACUCAGUGGGGAACUUGGGAUGAACUCUGUGCUACCAUUUGCUGUCUUAACAGGAGUUGGUGUGUGUAUUCUAGCUCCUUCAGGUGAGAUACUUGGCAGAAGAACAAGAGGAAUCAGAAGUCAUGGAAAAGAAGAAGGUGACUGCACAGCAGCUCAAGAUGCUUUAGACUGGGCCUCUCAACUGAACUGCAAAUCUUUCAAUCUCCUAGGAAGCAAUCACUGCAUCAUGGAAGUUCUGAAGGGAAGCAAAAGAAACACCAGCUGGAGAACAAAUGCCAGCAUAGAUAAACUUAUUUUGUGUCUCAAAAACUUUGAAAUCAUCUGUUGUAAAACUAUUAAAGAUGACUUUAUGCCAGACCUCCUAAAACUAUCAUCAAUUAGAGGUAAAUCUCAAAGUCCUCGAUUGUGGUAG